AUGCAGCUUCUUAGCAUUGUUCUUCGCGUUAUACUCCCAGAUGGUCAGCAUAAGGAAAAGCUGGCGAAAGUGAGACGUGAGCACAACUUGCAGAACUACACCUUCAAAUAUACAGUCUCAGAUCCGAGUCAGGGCCCACAGGAGCUGUGGAGCUUGAGAGAUGAGCACAACCUGGAGGACUUGAUCGCGACCUACUUGGAGAAUCAAGCGCAGGCAUCAUCUUUGAUUGUGCCGUUGAUUCUGGCAGCUCCAGAAAAGCGAUGUCUUGAGGAGGCCUUGCCUCGACACGUCUGGACACCUCCAACGAGCAUCGACGAGGACGCUCCUGCGAGGUUCGUCAGUGACAAGACCUUCAUCAAUGUUCAGCAUUUGCACAAGCUGCGUGCAAUUCAAACAGAGCCUGUAGCUGACAACUCUGACAUGGGCCCGAAGCUGUGCCUGACGCUGGCUGACCUAGCUGACCCGGAGCUGGUGUAG